CUUCAGGUCGAACUUGGCUGCACGAGCGGGUCUCUGGACAUAACCUAUGUCGUUUCGCUCUACCCUUUAAGCAUGGCCACGGCGGUUGUAGUAAAGAACAAUGGCCGGAAACCGGUGACCCUUAAACCGGGUAUUCUGAGUUACUUGCAAUUCAAGAAACGAAGCGGGUCAGGCAUUCAGGGUCUGAAAGGGUGCCCUUACUGUCCGAAUCCUCCAUUGUCGUCGCCUUUCGAGCUCUUGUCACCUUCCGAGGCAAUGAAAAGUGAAUCUUCCGGCUGGUUUGGGUCAGAAGAAGGCGAGAAACCCGGGAUUUGGAAGGUACAAGAUGACGUGAUUACGGUUUUGGAGAAGAAGAUGAGCAGAGUGUACGGCGCUCCUCCUGAGGAGAGAUUAAAGGCUGUAUAUAAUACUCCUCCGUCUAAGUACGAAACCCUUGACCAGGGGAGAGGACUGUUCUUCAGGAUGAUAAGGAUAGGGUUUGAAGAUAUGUAUGUAGGGAGCCCCGGGUCGAUGUGUGAGAAGUUCGGGAAGCGAGAUUACUUUGUC